AUGGCGAGAAACACCACGGCGUCGCGCGCAGACGACCCAGAGUCUGUUGCUGUAGCCCGCGCCGACAACAACACCGAGCAAACGCCGCUAUUGCGCUCAGCCUCGCCCAACCACGCACCUCUGCAUGACACCACCACCACCACCACCACCACCACUGCCCACCGCCGUCAUGACGCCGGCGCCGACGAGGAGCACACCGUCAUCGCCGAGGAAAUCUCGACCUUGCGGCUCUUCCUCGUCAUGGGUUCCGCCUGGGUUGGCGUCUUCCUCGGCGCCGUCGACUCCACCAUCAUCGCUACUCUCUCCGGCCCCAUCUCGAGCGAGUUCCAGUCCCUGAGUCUGCUGUCCUGGCUGGCUUCUGCCUACUUCAUCGCCAAUGCCGCCUGCCAGCCCAUCUCCGGCCGCCUCACCGACAUCUUUGGCCGCGGGCCUGGUCUCGUCGUCAGCAACGUCUUCUUCGCCGCCGGCAACCUCAUCUGCGGGCUCGCGCGCGACCAGACCACCAUGAUUGCCGGCCGCGUCAUCGCCGGCGUCGGCGGCGGCGGGCUCAUGAGCAUCUCCACCUUUCUCGCCUCCGACCUCGUCCCGCUGCGCCGCCGCGGCAUCGUCCAAGGGCUCGGCAACCUGGCCUAUGGGUCCGGUGCCAUGCUCGGCGGCAUCUUUGGCGGUCUGAUCAAUGACCACGCCAACAUGGGCUGGCGCCUCGCUUUCCUCGUCCAGGUCCCGCCUGUCAUCGUCUCCGGCCUUGUCGUUUACUUCAUGGUUGACGUGCCGCCCAAACAGAGCGAUAAGACGUUGCUGUCGCGCAUAGAUUUUGGCGGCGUACUGCUGACCGUCUCGUUUCUUGUGCUGAUGCUGCUAGGGCUCAACGCCGGCGGGAACCUGGUCCCCUGGACGCACCCGCUGCCCCUUGUCACCAUCCCACUUUCGCUCGCUCUCUUUGGUGUCUUCCUGUGGUGGGAGAGCGCGGCGCGGCAGCCCGUCAUCCCCGUGCGCCUACUCGCCGACCGCACCGUGCUCGCCGCGUGCUGCACCAAUUUCCUCGUCACCAUGCUCAUCAUGACGGGACUCUUCUAUGGGCCGCUGUUUCUGCAGAUCCUCGGCAGCACCGUCACCACUGCCGGCCUGCAGCUGCUGCCCUCGUCCGUCGGCGCUUCCCUAGGCUCAGUCACGUCCGGGCUCGUCAUGAAGCAUACCGGCCGCUACUGGACCAUGGGCGUCGCCUGUACCCUCACCGUGACUGCCGGCACUGUGCUCUUUGUCCUGCUCGAUGCUACCACCCCCAUCUGGGUUGCCAGCGUCAGUUUCUUCCUCUCGGGUUGCGGCUACGGCGCCAUGCUGACCGUCACCCUGCUCGCCGCCAUCGCCGCCGUUGACCACGCCCACCAGGCCGUCGUCACCAGCGGCACCUACAUGGCGCGCAGUAUCGGCGCGACCCUCGGCGUCACCGUCGGCUCCGCUGUCUACCAAAAUGUCCUGCAGGCCAGGCUGUGGGACCGCUUCGGCGACCGGCCCGGCGCGGCUGACGAGAUUCGCCGCAUCAGGGAGAGCCUAGAUGAGCUCAAGCACCUGCCGCCGGGCUGGUACGAUGGUGUAAUCCAGUCCUUUGUCGACGCAUUUCACAGCGUGGCGCUGACGAUGCUCGGUUUGGCGCUGGUGGCGACAGUGACAAUUGCGCUGAUGCGAGAGCAUAAGCUCCAUAACAACCUGUCGAGAAAUUGA